GUAGCAGCAGCAGUCUACAGUACAUCGGCAACAAUGUAGUGCUGAGAGCUAAAAUACCUCCCCCCCGACGAGCAAACACACCAUGUCCUCACACUCAUCCUGGUCGUCAUGAAGAAAUAGUGUUUUAAUAUGCGUUUGCGGAGAUAACUGGACGCUCGGACGGAAAUUACGAGGCGAGGGAGUCGACGGCUGUGAAAUAGAGGCACUAUCUGACCUCGCCUGGACGUUUGGACCGCCGGGGACGUCGGGCUACUCCUCCGAUUUAUUAGCCUACCGGGGCGUUUUAUCAGCCUUUUAAAUGUCCGAACUUCACCGGCUCAGCGCAGCCUGCUGUGGACACGGGGGAAGGGCGUGUAGCGCUAACGGAUACCGGGGUUUGUAGUUUGCACCAGGUCUGGCUCUCCGCGUUACCGCCCCGUUUUCUCCCUCUGUCUCGGACUCUCUCUCUCUCUCUCUCUCUCUCUCUGGUUCGCUCUCUCUCUGUCUCUCUCGUAGUCGCGUUAUCAGCAGGGCCAGGAGAAGGCUGAAGAUACAGUCGAGGGGGGGUGGAAGGGGGCUUUGGACUAUAACCAAAACCUGCUCACACCAUGGGGAAUACGACCUCUUGCUGCGUGUCCUCGAGCCCCAAACACCGGAGGAACAACCACUCCAGGCUCGAGCCCUACCGGCCGGAGCCGGAGCUGAGCCGGGAGGACACGGGCUGCAACCUCCAGCACAUCAGCGACAGAGAAAAUCUAGACGAUCUGCCUAUGGAGUACAAUCCCUCUGAUCAUCCCCGGGCCAGCACCCUCUUCCUCAGCAAGUCCCAGACUGACGUUGCUGUGCCCAACAAGAGAGUUAGAGAAAAGCGCAAGAGCCUUUACAUCAACCAUUUCACACACAUUUCGGAGAACAAGCAUCAUCCAGGCGCAGUGAGACGGAAGUACAGCUCAUGCUCCACCAUAUUCCUUGAUGACAGUACCGUCAGUCAGCCCAACCUCAAAUACACCAUCAAAUGCGUCGCCCUCGCGAUAUACUACCACAUAAAAAACAGGGAAGUCGACGGAAGAAUGCUUGUCGACAUUUUCAAUGAGAAACUGCACCCGCUCACGAAGUCUGAAAUUCCUCCUGAUUACGAAAAACACAACCCGGAGCAGAAGCAGAUCUACCGCUUCGUCAGGACGCUGUUCAGCGCCGCACAGCUCACCGCUGAGUGCGCCAUCGUCACCUUGGUGUAUUUGGAGAGGCUCCUCACCUACGCCGAGAUCGACAUUAGCCCUGCCAACUGGAAGCGCAUCGUGCUCGGAGCCAUCCUUCUGGCAUCCAAGGUGUGGGACGACCAGGCGGUCUGGAAUGUCGACUACUGCCAAAUUCUCAAGGAUAUCACCGUGGAGGACAUGAAUGAGCUGGAGCGUCAGUUUCUGGAGCUGCUGCAGUUCAACAUCAACGUGCCGUCCAGUGUCUACGCCAAGUAUUACUUUGACCUGCGCUCCCUGGCUGAGGCCAACAACCUCAGCUUGCCCCUGGAACCCCUCAGCAGGGAGAAGGCCCAGAAACUAGAGGCCAUCUCGCGCUUGUGUGAUGACAUUUACAAGAACUUGAGGAAACAAAUGAAGAAGCGGUCGAUGAGCGCCGAGAACCUGGCGGCGGUGCGGUGGUGUCCAGCCAUCCUUUCCUAACGCUGGCUGCCCGCAUCACGGAGACAGACCUGUCAGACAUACUGUACUGGGUUUUCAAACCAGGCGGGCAGCGGCCCUGUGGAUCAGUACGCACGCACACACACACACACACACACACACACACACACACACACACACACACACACACCCCCCCCCCCCCCCCCUCUGGUUGUUGUACAUAAAAGAAGUUCCACUGGCCGCCUGCACUGAACCAAACGGAGCUCAGCUGCACCAACUGAAGUGCGUGAGUGAAAGUUGUUGGAACGAAGACCUCAACUGCAGAAGAAAAGACCAAACAGAAACACAGCUGGCAUGAUAUACACACACACACACACACACAAUACAUAUAGUGAGGCUCCACUCGCUCGUUCGUUUUAUUGAGGGAGGAUGUGUACAUUCCAAUUCGUUUUAAUCUUUUGGUUCAGUCACUUUCUGAGCUGACGCAUGAGAAUAAUUUUUGUGUUUUUGACGGGGCACAUUUGGAAAUGUAGUUUCAGCGUUUUUGCAUCCCCGAGCAGAUCCGAGAGUACACAAAGGACAAGACAUGUAUAUUCCUCUCGUCGGCUUCGGCGUACACUUGACACAUUUGAUGACUGCAUCUCAUCGUACUCAUUUACAUCGCAGCCGUUGCAUUGAAGUUCUCAUUCAGAGGGCCAAUGCUGAAAAAGGGGCGGGUCAGCGUUUUGUUCAGGGUCGCCGUGACGGGACCAGGGAAUUCAAAUCAUACCAUCGCAGCGAGUUCAUCCAGCCAACAUCCAGACACAGAUAUUCACUGAAAGCAAUAUUCACGCAUUGCUCGGUUGUUGUGAUUAAAUACGAUGAAGCAUGCAUCCUCGGGGGGGAGGCUGAGCGGAGGACAGCGGCCCACGACUCCGUCAGACAGGAGACGCACUGGAGAGCUUGUGUUGUCCUUCAUUCACUGCCAUCGCCCUGACCUGUGGUGCCUGUAACAAGCUAGUUUAACACUUCUCCCCUUUCUACUGGAGGAAUAGAACAAAUAACUGAAGUAUUUUUCUUUCUCUCCUUUCUUUAACAUUUUGUACGGUUCUUCCAGCUUACAACGAAACAGCACAAAGUGGAAUAUCAACAUUUAGGAGCCACUAAACGCAUGAUUUUUGUUCCGGGUGUUCGGGAGAGGAACCCAAAUGGCAGAAGAAGAAAAAAGCAUUAAGUUAGAUUGUAUACGUCAUGCCAAGUCGUCUCUUGUACAGUGUAGUUACAGCGCCGGUGUGCAACGUCUGUCGACUGACAUCGUUAGAAGAAAAGGGAAUGAUGAUAGAAUACUUCUAUUGGAUCAGUUUGUACUGUACACGGGGGAUGGUAAAUAUGUUUGGAUGUUCCUACGGCAAAUCAAGUAAAGAUAAAGUAUUACGAUUUUAACGGGAGACACCA